UCACAUUAUCACUAUUCAAGCUUAUUUACCAAAUGAGGUAGAAAUUUUUGUCCGAGCUUAUAUGUUUACAAGUACCUGACUACGAGUAACAUGUUUUAAUCGAACUUGUUCACGAUCCCGUGGUGUUAUGAUGUUAUCUCUCAUAUUUUCGCGCACUUUUGCUUUCGAAAUAGACCACAAAAAAAAACAAAACCCCAUUGAUGCAGUCUGAACAUUCAUAGUUAAGCAAACAGAGUUAAUGUUUCAAACAAUGCUGAAAUUCCAACGCCAUUUAUAACUAGAAUUCUUUGAUAUCCAUGUUUCCAGGUUAGAUUAUCUCUUACCAUGAAUUCAACCCCUCAAUUUCAUAUCUCUUCCUCUGAUUACUAUGCUACUCUACUUCAAACUAGCUCGAAAUCUAAACACCUAUCAGUUGGGAAAUCAAUUCAUGCUCAAAUCAUCAAACAAGGUCUUUUUGCAAGUGUAUAUCUUUUGAAUAAUCUCCUUAAUUUGUAUGUUAAAUGUGGGUUCACCUCUGUUGCCCACCAACUGUUUGAUGAAAUGCCUGUGAAAAAUAUGUUUUCUUGGAACACUAUUGUAUCAGGGUAUGCUAAAGUGGGGGAAAUGGGUGCGGCUAAUUUUGUUUUUCGACAAAUUCCGAAUCGUGAUUCGGUCUCUUGGACUGCUAUGAUUGUGGGCUAUUAUCAAAUGGAUUACUAUGAAUAUGCACUGAAAAUGUUUUUGGAUAUGAUUAGGGAUGGUGUGUCACCUACUCAGUUCACAAUUACUAGUGUUCUUGCAUUAUGUGCAAAUAUGAGAGAUUUGAAUGUUGGUAGCAAGGUUCAUUCUUUUGUUAUUAAGCAUGGACUUGGUAGUUAUGUUUCAGUUGCAAAUUCAUUGUUUAAUAUGUAUGUUAAGACUGGUGAUCAUGUAAGAGCAAGGAUUGUUUUUGACAGGAUGGGGAUCAGAAAUGUGUCAAGCUGGAACUCUAUGAUUUCUUUGCAUAUGAUAUCUGGUGAUGUUGAUCUUGCUCGUGCACAAUUUGAACAAAUGGAUGGCCGCGACAUUGUGUCAUGGAACUCUAUCAUCACGGGAUACAACCAAAGGGGGUUUCAUAUUGAAGCUCUCCAAGUGUUCUCGGAAAUGUUAAAGGAUUUUUCAAUGGAACCGGACAAAUUUACGUUGGCUAGUGCUUUAUCAGCUUGUGCAAGUCUUGAGAACUUGGAACUCGGGAAACAAAUUCAUGCAUAUAUGGUAAGGACUAAAUUUGAUGUUUAUGGGGCAGUGGAAAAUUCUUUGAUCACGAUGUACGCUAGGUGUGGAGGUGUAGAAAAUGCUCGAAAGAUCAUACAAAAAAAAGGGAUUUCCAAUCUCAAUGUGAUAGCAUUCACAGCUUUAAUGGAUGGCUAUGUGAAGCUUGGAGAUAUUAGGCCUGCAAGAGAGAUAUUUGACUCAUUGAAAGACCGUGAUGUGGUUGCUUGGACGGCAAUGAUUGUAGGUUAUGAGCAGAAUGGACUUAAUGAUGAUGCAGUAUCAUUAUUCAGAUUAAUGCUUAAAGAAGGGCCGAGGCCAAACAAUUACACAUUAGCUGCUAUGCUGAGUGUCAUUUCAAGCUUGGCAAAUCUGGACCAUGGCAAACAGAUUCAUGCUGUUGCAAUAAGGUCAGCAGAAGUAUCAUCCGUUAGUGUAUGCAAUGCACUAAUUACCAUGUAUGCUAAAGCUGGAAGCAUAGUUGGUGCCAGACGUGUCUAUGCACUACACCGCUAUAGAGACAGUGUUACAUGGACCUCAAUGAUUAUAGCUUUAGCUCAGCAUGGCUUUGGAGAAGAAGCAAUAGAACUGUUUGAGAAAAUGCUGGCAUUGGACACUAAGCCUGACCAUAUAACAUAUGUGGGAGUACUUGUUGCCUGUACCCACGCUGGUUUGGUAGAAAAAGGAAAGAGCUAUUACAACAUGAUGCAGAAUGUGCACAAAAUUGAACCAACUACAAGUCACUAUUCUUGCAUGAUUGAUCUCCUUGGACGUGCUGGCUUGCUGCAAGAAGUACAGAAUUUCAUUAAGAAAAUGCCUAUGGAACCUGACAAUAUUGCUUGGGGUUCAAUUUUAGCGUCUUGUUAUGCUCAUAAAAAUAUAGAGUUGGCAAAAGUUGCGGCAGAGAGAUUGCUUCUUCUUGAUCCAGGGAAUAGUGGGGCCUUUGCAUCUCUUGCUAAUCUAUAUUCUGCCUGUGGAAAGUGGGCUGAGGCUGCUAAAGUUAGAAAAUCAAUGAAGGAAAAGGGAAUAAAGAAAGACCAAGGUCUGAGCUGGCUUCAACUCAAGAAUGAAGUACAUGUCUUUGGAGCUGAAGAUGCACAUCACCCUCAAAGAGAUGCAAUCUAUACAAAGAUGGCAAAAAUCUGGGACGAGAUUAAAAAAAUGGGCUUUGUUCCAGACACAAAUUCAGUGCUACAUGAUCUGGAUGAAGAAGUGAAAGAACAUAUUCUUAGGCAUCACAGUGAAAAGCUUGCUAUAGCAUUUGGACUUCUAAAUACUCCCGAAAACACCACCUUAAGAAUCAUGAAAAACUUGCGUGUAUGCAAUGACUGUCACUCUGCUAUCAAAUUCAUUUCAAAGCUAGUGGGCAGAGAAAUUAUUGUAAGGGAUGCUACACGAUUUCACCAUUUCAAAGACGGUGUCUGCUCAUGUAGAGACUAUUGGUAGUGUAGAUGUUUGGUGAUAGGUAUGCAAUUCUUGUGUGUGGUUCCUUGCAGAGGGUUAUCUUAUAGCUGGAAUUCAUAGGGCUGGAGAUAGACAAGGUAAUGUGAGGAUGAUGAAAGAGUUGAAAGACCGUAGUUGUGAAUGAAUGAAGACAAGGGAUUGCAGAACCAAUUGUUAUAUGAGGUAUAGUGCUGCAUAACCAGUUGGAGAUUGAGAAAACAGCUUACUGUUUGAAUCCAUGUGAUGAGCAUGAAAGGAUGGUGGUUUUUACAGUUUACUUAUAGUAAGCUCAUGAUUCUUGAUUCUAAACCAUUCAUGACCAUAUAUACCUCAAUAGAUAUUUGCAGAGUGAAUUGUUUGAUGCUCUUUGGUUUUUAUCUGUCCCAAAACUUGUGCAAGUCCAUGCCACUUAAAUACUUUAUAAAGGCUGUUUACUCAUGAAGAAAUCUUCCUGUUCACCAAGUGAUGUGUUCUUCGUAUUGUUGCCAUGGUCAACUACUACUAGCCAAGAAAAGAGUUUACCAUGGUAAAUAUCCUAACUCCAACAUUAAUGACUCCUUGACUUCAGCUUUUCUUCUAUUCAUGCUGUGUGUGAGGACCUGUGAUGCUAAUUAUACUCUCUUCAGAAGUUUUUUUCGAAUUAACUGCAAUAAACAUAACAAACUGCUGACAUUUUAAAGGUAGUAUAUCUUACAACAUUUGUUACGAAAUUUGUAAAAGGUAUUAUCAAAAAAUCAUUACAUUGAACUGUAAAGGCAUUGCCCAUUUUGCUGUUAAUUAUUUAGCUGGAACAACAUUAUGCAAGUGAUACAACUCCAAGUAGCACUCCAUUCUUGUGAUGAACUUUCUUCUCACAUUCUCUGUGUAUUCCACUAUGCAAUUUCGUUUUGCUACAUUCUUGUGAAACAGGGGAAAAGCUGUAUGUAACUAGUAUCUGAUAAAACAAUGAAUAGAUCUAAACCUUACAGGAUUUCAUGAGCUUUUAAGGCAAAAUCCUUAUUGCUAGGCUGAAGCUGUGUGGCAUGAAAGUAUUUGUAUUGUACAUUCUGUGCUCAAGUGCUUCAAGCUGAGCCAAACCAUGUAUCAUGGGCAUCGAGAUCGAAUUUGAACAUGGUAUCUAAGCCUCUGAGGACUGUGUAAUGAAGUACCUCUGCAAAACACCAGCCUUUCUUUGGACUUCAGGCUUUCUGGCCUGCAUAUCUACCAAGGUGAAAAAUCUGGUUAUUGGCUUCCUGACAGGAAGCACAUUCAGAAAUAUGCAGUUGAUGAUUUCAGGUCAUAUUUUGGGAAGUUUGUUUCUUCAAAGCAGUCACACAAUAGAUUUUGAUCCUUAUUGUGUGUUAGUAGGUGAUGUAUGUGGUGGUUUAUAUGGAAUUUGCUGACGAUUGCUGGAGCUAAUGUGCCAUGGUUUGAGGAUCAAGAAGAUUUUCACUUUUAUAGAAGGCGACUUGGUGAGUAUGAAAUGGAAAGAGGAAAUCCUCAUUCUACAAUUAAGCUUAUUGAUUUUGUACACAUUUGAAGGCAACAAUGUUAUUGACCAUAACUUCUUGGUGGUCUUUGCUCCUAUAAUUUACUUCAGAGAUACCUGGCUACCUACAACACAGAUACACAGUCCACCAAACUCAAACAGUUGGAUGGUCUGGAUCUUACUGCUUCUUGGGUCCUCAUGUUUCAAAGAGUUUCAGUUUCGAUAAAACUUCUGGUCAUUUGCUCCUAUAUUCAUCUUGUUAAUCUUAUAUAUCUUGCGGUUCUCAAGCUGUAUACACAUUUUUGUAGCGGAUAUGGCUAACUGAUUGAUGUUAAUUUCUUUUGUCUGAUUACUGAGAUAAGAAAUGUAGACAUGCUAAAAAAAAUACUUGGGGCAAAAAAAGGUGUGGAGAGGUGUGCUGUUUCAGCCUUUUAGGUUGUGUUGGCCUUGUGGCUCUAUUUUUGGAUGCAAGACUAUUCGUUGUUUCAAUGUUGAACAUUUUAAAAGUUAGUCAUUUGGCUCAUCGCGAUUUUUAAAUUAUAUUAUAUUUGUAUCAUUGUAUGUUUAUAUAGUUUGAGAAUCAAGAAGUAUAAACUAACCCAUAAGAAUAAUGAAAAAAAUAAAUAAAGAAAAAAAGUGAUGGAGGCGCAAGCCCGUUAUCCUUCCACAUGGGUCAACUCUCAACUUGGAGAGGGCGAGCUAGCAUUAUGCCAACCACCGAUCCGACCGAAUUAGCUGUAACCUGUCCCAUCACAUUAGUGCUCCCACUUGGGUCACAAGCUCGCGUUACCAAG